AUGUCAGGAUCUGAAACAGUCUAUGGUGGAAUCGAAGGACCAGAUGCAAUGUACGUAAAAUUGAUUAGUAGUGAUGGACAUGAAUUUAUUAUUAAAAAAGAUUUGGCACUAACAUCAGGUACAAUCAAAGCAAUGUUAUCUGGUCCUGGUUCAUAUUCUGAAAAUGAAACAAACGAAGUUAAUUUCAGGGAAAUUCCAUCACAUGUUCUACAGAAAGUAUGUCAGUAUUUUGCAUACAAAGUACGUUAUACAAACAGUGCAACAGAGAUACCUGAAUUUGUUAUAGCUCCUGAAGUAGCUCUCGAACUUUUAAUGGCAGCUAAUUUUCUGGAUUGCUAA